AUGCGCACGCGCAGUUGUAGCCGCAUUACCUACCUUCACGAUCUGCCUCGCCUUCCUUCCCCUUCUUCCUUACCUUCCUUCCCCUUCUUCUGUACCUUCCUUCCCCUUCUGCCUUACCUUCCUUCCCCUUCUGCCUUACCUUCCUCUGGCGAUGUGCCUCACCUUCUUUCCCCCUCUGCCUUUCCUUAUUUCCCCUUCUGCCUUACCUUCCUUCCCCUUCUACCUUACCUUCCUUCCCCCUCUGCACACUACCGUCCUUGCCCUCUGCCAUCACUCCCUUUCCCCCACUGCCAGCACCUCCCAUCCCGUGCUGCCAGCAACUCCCAUGCAGCCUACACCUCGCCUGCCUUGCACCCCAUUUUUUGUUGCCUCUCACACAAUUUUCCGCAAAGCCAUCUUUCAUCUUUGUUUGUCAUACUGUUUUCUCGCCUCCUUCCGAAAGGCAUGUAUUCUCUCCCACUUCCUACCUCCAACCCUACCCCCUUUCACCCUCCUUCAUUUCCAACCCCUCUCCACUCCUUCCCCCCUGCUGCCCUUGAUUUCCUCCCAUGCCUCCCCUCUGUUUCCCCCCUUCCAUCCUCUUCUCUUCAUUUCCCUCCUCAAUCCACCCCAUUCCAACCCAUCCCUUUUGUCCACUUCCCUCACCUUCCCUUCCUUACUGUCUCCGCGCUUCUGUUCCCCAUCCAUUCCCGUUUAUCCGCUUCUGUAACCACGCCUUAUACCCCCUCAGCUCCUUCCCUGCCCUCCCUUUCCCAUAUGCUCCCUUCCCAUUGCUUCCCUCACGAAACCGCCCCUUUCAGAUCCUUCCCUCCUGUUCCCUUUCUCCGCCUUCACUUCCCUUUUGGUUCCUUUGGAUCUCUUACCUUUUCCUGCCUUCGUUCCCAGGCCUGUCCCCCCUCUAAGCCAUUUCAAGUCUCUGCUCCCACUUCCUUCUCUUCCCCGGCUGCGCCCAUUUUCCAGCAGCGUUCACCGGCGUUAUGGGUGGGCAGCAUCGUAGAUGAGUGUCUGCACAUGUGCCCUCUUUCGUUGGCUUUCUAG